AUGGGUACUGCAAUUGGAAGACCAAUUAGGGUUGAUGACACCACAUUGAAGAAAGCAAUUGGAUACUAUGCUAGUAUCGUGGUUGAAGUUGAUUUAUCAAAUGCAAUUCCAAAUAAAGUUUGGAUUAAAUCUAAGUAUGGUAAAUUUGAACAGGCAGUUAGAGUAUCUAAUGUUCCAAAAUUCUGUAAUCAUUGUAAAAUGAUUGGACAUUAUGUAGCAGAAUGUAGAAUAAAGAGAAGAGAGCAAGCACAGAAAGAAAAAACAAAUGAUGUACCACCUCAAAAAUAUUGGGGGUAUACUCCUAAGAAAGCUCCAGCUAAACCUGCAGUGGGUUUUGACAUUUGUCCUCCUCCUCAACAAAAUACUCAAGGAGAACAAUAUUCACAGGAAGCAGUAAGUAACAAUGUUUUGAUUCCAUUUAAUGGGCAGCUAGAAACUAUUGAUAAAGAUAAUAUGUGUUUCAGUGGUAUCUUAGAUUCUACUCAAGAAUUCCCACAACUUUCUAUUGAGAAAUUACUAGAAGUUGGUAGUAGUAUUCUUCCUAUACACAAUAUAACUCCAAUAACAACAGAGGAAUCUGUUGAAGUAAUUACUUCUCAGGUUUUAUCAAAUUUGGAGGAGGGUGAAUGGAAAGAUGUUUCUGGUAAAGCAACUAAAUCAAGGAAACUCAAUGUUUCAAAAUAA